AUGGUUUUAUCUAACGUAGAAAAAUUUAAUCAUUUGUUGAACUGUUUGCAGGGUCCAGCACUCGACACCGUCAAGGCGUUUCAAGUUAGCAACGAGAAUUAUCCUAAGGCGCUCGAACGACUGAAGUCGCGCUAUGACAACCCCACUUUGAUAUUCAUGGAAAACAUCACGUCACUCUUUGAGCUUCCGGCAGCAGCUAAAAAAAGUAGCCAGUUAAGACAUCUUGUAGACACAGCAUCGGCGCUGUACAGCGCACUUUCUUCAUUGGGUUCAGACCGCGACAUAGCCAACGCAAUGCUGAUACAUCUUGUGAUUGGAAAGGCAGAUGAAGACACUCAACGAAAAUGGAAGGAGUCGCUCGAUUUUACGAGCUUGCCGACAUGGAAAGAUUGUGCCAAACUACUCGAAAGACGCUGCCAAUAUUUUGAGUCCAUAGAUUCCAGCGGCAAACAAGAUACAGCCCACUCGUCGUCACAGAAGUUUGAGCAAUCCAAAUCAUUGCGAAAGGCAAAUCAACAGCGUCGCCACGCCUUUUCUAUCACAAGUUCCCAGCGUAAUUGUGUUCUAUGUUCCAGCAACGAACACGUCAUCAAAGAUUGCCCUCAUUAUAAAUCGCUAGAUGAUGGCUCUCGCUUCGAAAAUGUAAAGAAACUUGGAUUGUGCAACAACUGCCUUGCUCCAGGGCAUUUCGUUUCAAAAUGCCCGUCGACUUUCAAAUGCAAAUCAUGUUCAGCUCGCCAUCAUUCGUCGCUAUGUAGAAAAUCUGAAGUGAGUUCAACGACAUCGCGCGACGCUAGUGCGAUUGUACACACUCAUUUGGGUAAUUCGUCCUUCGAGCAAGUAAUUCUUGCAACCGCAAUCGUAUUAGUGCGAGAUGCUGCAGGCAAUUACCAACUUGUUUUUCGCAACGUCUACGCCUGGAAGAAGCAACGCGUGGAAAUUUUAAGCAUCGGCAAUUCACCAACAACCAUAAGGCAUAAGGCUAUAGCUACCAUCAAAUCACGUCAUUCAGAUUUUGAGUUGCCACUUGAGUUUUGCGUAACGCCACACAUUUCACAUCAACCAGUGCCUGACAUAGACGUUUCAUCCUGGAACUUGCCAGCGAAUAUAAAUCUGGCCGACGAACAUUUUCACAAAUCGCAGGGAGUUGAUUUGCUAUUAGGAACUGAUUGCUUCUUCAACAAGACUUUGCUGGGGUGGAUCGUUGCUGGCAAAUACAAUUCACCAACAGUUAUCACGGCAUCCAUUUCACCCUCACUCACGUCGUCGCUAGCUACUUCAUGCAGCGUAUCGGAUACUUCGCUUACCAAUGGUCCAGCAUCUAUCAACGUAGCAUCGUGUUUGUUAUCUUGUGAGGAAAUAAUACAGCAGCAAUUGGAGCGAUUGUGGCAAAUCGACAAUACGACUAUCAAUGCAUCGACACUCACCGAUGAACAGGCUGCUUGUGAAGCAUUUUUUGUGAAGACCGUGGAUCGUGAUGCUACGGGUCGAGUCAUAGUGCAAUUGCCCUUUAAGAACGAUGUCGCUGUUCUGGGUACAUCGUAUGGUACUGCGCUUAGACGAUUCAUUUCGCUCGAACGUCGCCUUCAAUCGCAACCGGAAGUUAAGUCACAAUAUGUAGAUUUUAUGCAAGAAUAUGAGGCAUUGGGCCACAUGACGAAACUUGAAAACGUUGACUUGUCAAGCCCACAUUUCUACAUCCCUCACCACUGCGUACUUCGGCCCACCACUACCACAACAAAGCUACGUGUUGUCUUCGACGCGUCGUGUCGCACAUCUACCCAAAAAUCGCUAAACGACAUACUUCAA